AUGGUGCUCGCAAAAAUCCUGGCCAUGGCCGCCAUUUUGGCCCUAUCCCCAGCCGGCGCUCUCGCAAAUUCUUCUGGCUCUGUCGGCUCCACAAGUCCCGAGCGCCCUGUUAGCCCUGGCAGCUUUGACGAACACGAAGGCGAUCAACGGCCGUGCAAAGUAACGAUUGAGAUGGGAGUCUCACCGGGUGGACUUUUCCGGCAGUUGUACGGCAGCGACUACGCGACUCGCGGCGGCACGGUUAAUAUCAAUCAGUACCAAUGCACUGUCGACGUCAUGUGCAAGAACCCCAGCUGCCCAGGCCUACCUGCCAGAUGGGAGGUGACAAGCUUUGACAAAACGAAGCAAAGAGAGACACAUAAUCAACCCGCAGGGGGGAGUGUGUGGGCGGUGGGCAAAAAGCAUGACCUUUAG